ACUGACUCUGCCGAGCCGAACCGAACUCAGACACCAUAAACAACCCAGAAGAUGAGUUCAUAUUUCGUUAACUCGCUCUUCUCCAAAUAUAAAAGUGGGGAUUCGUUACGUCCGAACUACUACGAGUGCGGGUUCGCGCAGGACCUGACCGGCAGCCGGCCCACUGUGGUCUAUGGUCCAGGCUCCGGCGCCACCUUCCAACAUGCUCCGCAGAUCCAGGACUUCUACCACCACAGCGCCUCUUCGCUGCCCAACAACCCCUACCAGCAGAGCCCCUGCGCGGUCACAUGCCACGGAGAGCCAGGUAACUUUUACGGAUAUGACGCCCUUCAAAGACAGACUUUUUUCGGUGCUCAGGAUGCGGAUUUGGUCCAGUACAGCGACUGUAAACUGGGAGGUGCGACGGGACUCGGAGGCGAGGACACGGAAGGGACUGAACAGAGCCCUUCGCCGACACAACUCUUUCCUUGGAUGAGGCCGCAAGUAGCUGCGGGCAGGAGGCGAGGCCGUCAGACCUACAGCCGCUACCAGACCCUGGAGCUGGAGAAGGAGUUCCUCUUCAACCCUUACCUGACCCGGAAGCGCCGCAUUGAGGUGUCACACGCGCUGGCGCUGACGGAGCGGCAGGUGAAGAUCUGGUUCCAGAACCGGAGGAUGAAAUGGAAGAAGGAGAACAACAAGGACAAGUUCCCCAGCAGCAAAAGCGAGCAGGAGGCGGUUGAGAGGGAGAGGAGAGAGAAAGAGCUGCGGGAGGGCAGUGGGGGCAGCGGUGGAGGAGGAGGUGGAGAAGGAGGUGGAGGAGCGGGCUCAGCGGCGGCGGCGGUGGCCACAGCGGGGUCACAGGGCUCCGUGAACGAGGACUGCUGUGAGAAAACCCACAAGCAGAUGUAG